GGCUUGCAUGUCUGCAACUUCGCAGGUGCCGCCGGUGUCGGGAUCGUGAACGCCGGCAGAAGGGCUGCCACAGGGACUCAAGCACUGGGAUCCUGUGCCCGGCAGCCACCAUGUUCGCCAAGCUGAAGAAGAAAAUCGCCGAGGAGUCUGCAGUCGCCCCGCGGCCUGGGGGUGGCACCAGGAUCCCAAGGUCGGUGAGCAAGGAAUCGGUCGCCUCUAUGGGAGCUGACUCCGGAGAUGACUUUGCCUCCGAUGGCAGCAGCUCCCGAGAAGAUCUCUCGUCCCAGCUGCUGAGAAGGAAUGAGCAGAUCCGGAAGUUAGAAGCCAGGCUCUCCGACUAUGCUGAACAGGUCCGAAACUUGCAGAAGAUAAAAGAGAAGCUUGAAAUUGCAUUAGAAAAACAUCAGGAUUCUUCCAUGCGGAAAUUUCAAGAGCAGAAUGAGACAUUCCAAGCCAACAGAGCCAAAAUGGCAGAAGGACUGGCUUUGGCAUUAGCCAGAAAGGACCAGGAAUGGUUAGAAAAGAUGGAUCACCUUGAAAAGGAAAACAGGCUUCUGACAGCUCAGUUACAGGAAGUGAAAAGCCAGAGUCUGAAUCUGUUCCAAAGGAGAGAUGAGGCGGAUGAACUGAAGGGGUUCCAGCAGCAGGAACUAAGUAAAGUGAAGCAUAUGCUGUUAACAAAAGAAGAAAGUUUGGGGAAAGUGGAGCAGGAGCUUGAGGCUCGGACCAGAGAACUCAGCCGCACCCAGGAGGAGUUGCUGGCUUCCCAUCAGAUGUCAUCAGACUUGAGCCAAAAGCUGGAAGAACUGCAGAGACACUGCUCGACGCUGGAAGCGCAGAGAGAUCAUGUGACAGCUUCAAAAGCAGGUGCAGAGAGUAAGAUCACAGCCCUGGAACAAAGGGAACAAGAGCUCCAAGCAUUCGUUCAGCAGCUUUCCCUUGAAUUACAAAAGGUCACUGCUGAAACUCAGGACAAGAACAUAGUGAUCACACACUUGCAAGAGAAGGUCGCGUCCUUGGAGAAGAGACUGGAACAGAACUUGUCAGGGGAAGAGCAUUUGCAGGAACUCCUGAGAGAGAAAACACUUGCUGAGCAGAACUUGGAGGAUGUCAGACAGCAGCUUCUGGCAGCCAGAGGCAGCCAGGCCAGUGCUGUGGAGGAGCUGGAGACCCGGGUGAGGGACCUCGAGGCAACUCUGCAGGCGUCUGAGGAAAGGCUCCGGCAAAGCAGCGACGUCGUGGCUGCCCAGGAGGUGCAGAUCCAGCAGCUGGCUGCUGCAAACCAAGAGAGCAACCACGUGCGGCAGCAAUGCACGGAGCACACCCACACCCUCGAGGCCCAGCUUGCUGCUCUGGAGGUCGCACGGGCAGCUGAGCAGACAGCCGCGGAGCAAAGGAUGCGAGAACUGAAGGAAGAAAACGCUGCCCUUAAGGAGAGCAGGAAUGAAUGCGAGCACUCUUUACAGCACCAUCAGGGGGAACUGAAGAAGCUGAAGGAAGAAUGGAGCCAAAGAGAAAUUGUGAGUGUGGCCAUGGCCCAAGCCCUAGAGGAGGUGAGGAAGCAAAGGGAGGAAUUUCAGCAACAGGCCGCCAGCCUGACAGCUGCAAUGGAAGAGAAGGAACAGAGUCUGCGGGAAACAUCCCAGGUGCUUCUGCAGAAGGAGCGGGAGUUUGUGGAGCUAGAGAAAGGUCACGAGUCAGCUCUGCUGCAGCUGCGCCAGUUGCAGAGUGAGUUGGAGGUGCUGAGGGGCCUGCGGGCAGUAGAAGCCGCGGCCCAGGAGGACCUGCUGAGGCUGCCCGGCACGCUGCACGUGAGCUCAAAGACCACGCAAGAUCCUGUGUACCAGCUUCCAGCUGCAGGCGGAGUGCCAAAUGGUGAGCUGGGGGCUCUGGAGCUAGGGAAGUUACAGAAGGAGAAGCAGGACUUGGAGCAGCAGCUGACCGAGAAGAACAAGACCAUAAAGCAGAUGCAGCAGAGAAUGCUGGAGCUGAAGAAGACCCUGCAGAGGGAGCUGAAAAUCAGACCUGACAGUGAGCUUUUUGAUGUCCGGGAGAAGCCUGGCCCUGAGCUGCCGCAGAUGGCGCCAUCGGUUAGCAAUCAUACGGACCUCAGCGACACACGCGAGAUCAACUUCGAGUACCUUAAGCACGUGGUCUUAAAAUUCAUGUCUUGUCGGGAGUCCGAGGCUUUCCAUCUCAUCAAAGCUGUGUCAGUCCUGCUGAACUUUUCCCCGGAGGAAGAGAACAUGCUGAGAGAGACCCUGGAGUACAAGAUGUCAUGGUUUGGGUCCAAACCAGCCCCCAAGGGCAGCAUCCGGCCCUCCAUCUCCAGCCCUCGAAUACCAUGGUCCUAGGGGGACCGCUGGGACGGAGCUCCGUGGGGGACGCUGCUUCUGUGAGAAGAUCUCUGGCAUGUUGGUGCGGGUGGGUUUUUAAUCCCUGUAACCGCAGUAUUUUGUACAAGCAUCUGAACGGUGUUUACAAGACUCAAGGCCCGCUUCCCUGCAGGCUGACAGCACCUCGGCAGGGAGCUGUUCCUGUGUCACUCACCUGGCGUGAGGGGCCCAGCCGGCACCCCGCCUGCACCCGAACCCUCUACUUAAACCUUAGCACGUGGAGUCACAGCACAGGCUCCUAGCAGGUGGUGGUGGUGGUCGUUGUCCCAUGGUGAUUCUCACGUCUGAAGAGGAUGCUGGAGGCGAAGACCACCCAGGGCGAUGUCUCGCUGUGGACACCUGCGCCUGGUGCCCAGCCCCUGUCCCAGGCUGGUGGCUGGGCAGAGCCCUCUCCACUCAGAGGUGUGGGCACAGAGGAGUCAGGGCAGGUGGCUGGAGCCCUCUCGGGAAGACCUCCAGCCUCCCAGCUCGCAACAGGCACUGGUGGAAGAUGCAGCUUUCUGAUGGCGUCUCCAUUUCACUGCAAGAACCAGCCAGUGUGUCCAGGCCCCAGGUGUAGCACCAAAUACACUCAGUUGCCUUUGGAAUGAACUUAACUGUCCCAGAUGGGUUGCUGGUAAACGAUUUUAGCUCUUUGCUGUUA